AUGGCCAAUGCUAGGGCAAGGAAGAACUUUCUGUCAAAAUUUAGAGUGAAUGAGGUGUCUUUCUCUUCUAAUGAAGCAAUCAAAGAAGGAGUUUGCAGAGCCUACCAGUCCCUCCUCUCAGAAUUAGGGGAUUGGAGGCCAAGUAUUAAUGGCCUAAACUUUAAGAUGCUGGGGGAAGAUUCGGCCAGCAGCCUAGAGGUGAUGUUUUUUGAGAAAGAAGUUUUUGCAGCCUUGAGUAGCUGUUGCGGUGAUAAAGCCCCAGGCCCAGACAGUUUCACAAUGGGCUUUUGGUUGUUUUGUUGGAAUAUUGUUAAAUCAGAUAUUUUGGGGCUCUUUAGAGAGUUUUAUCUCCAUGGGACCUUCCAGAGAAGCUUAAAUUCCACGUUUCUUGUGUUCAUUCCUAAAAAGGAAGGAGCCGAAGACCUAAGAGAUUUCAGGCUAAUCAGCCUGGUAGGGAGUAUGUACAAAUUGCUUGCCAAGGUCCUUACUAAUAGGCUGAAAUUGGUGAUGGGGAAGGUGAUUUAUGAUUCUCAGCAAGCUUUCAUCUAA